UGGCGUUGAAGCUCUUUGGAGGCAUGGAAGAGAGGAGGCAGAGGAGCUACAGCGUCCACAGGGAGAUCCUAGACGAAGCAUCCGUGGACCAGUUGGCAGAAAAAUGUGACACCAGGACAUCUCUGAGCGAGAAGCUCAAGAACUUGAAGACGUGUUCUGGUCCCAGGCUGAAGCGAUGCAUUCUGAAUACUGUUCCUGUGCUGUCAUGGCUGCCUCAUUACUCAAUCAGAGAAAACGCACUCGGUGAUCUGAUCUCUGGCCUCAGCGUGGGGGUCAUGCACCUACCGCAGGGAAUGGCUUAUGCCAUGUUGGCGUCUGUUCCUUCAGUGUUUGGACUUUACUCCUCCUUCUACCCCGUCCUCAUCUACUUCAUCUUCGGCACGUCUAAGCACAUCUCGAUCGGUACAUCUGCAGUACUGGCUGCGAUGAUAGGUGGCGUGGUAGAGCGAUUGACUCCAGAGUCAAACUUCAUCAUCUGGGACAACAUGACCAACAGCAGUAGAGUUGACACCAUUUCCCGUGACACAGAGAGGGUUCAAGUGGCGGCGACCGUCACCGUCCUAGCUGGAUUAUUUCAGAUUCUGCUUGGUUUGGUCCAGUUUGGUUUUGUGGUGACUUACCUGUCGGAGCCACUGGUCCGAGGUUAUACCAUAGCAUCUGCCAUCAACGUCAUCGUGUCCCAGCUCAAAUAUACCUUCGGCAUCUCAACCCAGAGACACAACGGACCUUUGUCACUGAUAUAUACUGUGAUGGAUUUGUGCUCUCUGCUUCCAAAAACAAACAUUGGUACUCUGGUGGUCAGUAUUGUCUCCAUAACUGGCCUGAUCCUCGUUAAAGAGCUUAAUGGUUACUUGGGCAAAAAACUACCUGUUCCAAUCCCAGUGGAGCUGCUUGGUAUUAUUAUUGCUACAGUUGUAUCUUGGCAAAGUAACUUACAGAAGAAAUAUGGAGUGGAAGUUGUGGGUGUGAUUCCCUCAGGUUUACAGCCGCCUGUUUUCCCAGCAUCCUCUUUGUUUGGGAUGGUGAUCGGAGAUGCCUUUGCUAUAGCUGUGGUUGGCUACGGCAUCUCCAUCUCACUGGGGCGAAUCUUUGCCCUUAAAUAUGGAUACAAGGUGGACAGCAAUCAGGAACUGAUGGCGCUGGGUCUCAGUAACGCUUUGGGAGGACUGUUCCAGUGUUUUGCCAUCAGCUGCUCCAUGUCUCGCUCCACUGUUCAGGAGAACACAGGAGGAAAGACUCAGGUUGCUUGGGUGAUAUCGGCGCUCGUUAUCCUUGUCAUUGUGCUGUGGAUUGGAGCUCUCUUUGAAGAUCUGCCAAAGGCGAUGCUGGCUGCCAUCAUCUACGUGAACCUCCAGGGCAUAAUGAAGCUGUUCAUGGACGUUCCUGCACUGUGGAGGAGCAACAAAGUGGACAUGCUGAUCUGGGUUGGCACCUUUAUCCUCACCCUGCUGCUGAACCCGGAUCUGGGACUGGUCGCUUCCAUUGCCUUCUCCAUGCUCACCGUCAUCUUCAGGACGCAGCUGCCUACGUACUCCCUGCUGGGACAGGUUCCAGGUACGGAGCUCUACAGGCCGCUGCAGGACUAUAAUCAGGUGAGGCAGGUACCAGGAAUUUUGAUCUUCAGAUCUUCAGCCACGCUCUAUUUUGCUAAUGCUGAGAUGUACCAAAAUGCUUUAAGGGAGAAGUCUGGCAUUGACAUCACCAAGAUUCUGUCAGCAAAGAAGAAACUUGAGGCCAAAAUUAAAUGGCAGGAGUCAAAAGAAGCCAAAAAGGCCAAGAAGAGUGCAGAGGAUACUAUGUCUCCGGUGGAGCCAAAUAGGGUGGAGCAGAAUGGCAUUUCCUUCAUCGAGAUGGAUCCAGACCCCAACCACUUGCUACCCAGAGCCAUCAUCCUCGACCUGAGCACUGUCAACUUCCUGGAUACAGUGGGAGUCAAAGCGCUACAAAACAUCCGGAAAGACUACGGAGAAAUCGGUAUAGACGUGGUUCUCGCUUGCUGCCAAACCGGUGUGGUGGAGAACCUGCAGAACGAAGGUUUCUUUAAUGGCAAAGUGUCAAAGCCGUGUCUGUUCUGCACCGUUCACGACGCCGUCCUGCACUGUCAGUCUGACCCGGCAGACGAUAAGGUGACCCACCGCGCACACUCAGAGACUCUGCAGGAAACACAUUUGUGAGUCCUGACUGGAAUGAUGAAGAAUGUUCUGCAGAAGUGACAGACGAGCUCCAGAUCGCUGGGAUUUCUAAAAGAAAAACCCGCAGAGACACACGUACUGUUUAAUAAUAAAACAAUACAAACAGGCAAUCAGGAAUUGUGCAGACAGAAAGCAAAUGAGAUUAUGAAAAGCAGGUAGAGGCAAAAUGUCAAAGUGGAAUCAAAACCAAUGGUCUAAAUAUAUCCAGCAUCUUUAAAAAUGAAAAAAGAAAAACCAGCAAAGAUUUUACAAAUUAAAUUCUUUAAUAUCAAUGUGAAAAAAAACUUUACAAUAUCUAAAUUAAUUUUCAAAUGAAACCUUUAUU